UAAGAGAAACACGGUAAAGGCUGGGUAUGCUGCGCAAUUCAGAUCCCAUUGUGAUCCACUAGCCUCUGCCCAGCAACUCCUAUCCCUACCUCCACGCGGUACCGGCCGGAAACUAUGAGCAACCUUAGGGAAGAUCGGGUAACCAACCCCGGUGGGACCUUUGGUCGUAGGCUGACAGGGAAGGGGGGGUUUGCUUCGGCAAACCUGAGCGUCUGUUCUCCAGGAGGAGCGGCUCACAACAGCGUCUGAUCCCCAUGUUAGGGGCGGCUGAUCUACGUCCGAGUGCCAGGGAAGGACUCUAAGCUCAACUGUGCACUAUGGUCCUCCGGAAAGUAGGGGGUUGGUGUCAGGCCCUACGAGCCAGCCGUAAAAACCCAUUGUAACGGAAAAUCAGCAACAGAAUAAUACGAACCGAGACCAACGGCAACGACCCCAGCGAACAAAAAGGACUUGCGAUUGGAAACUCGGUACGUGGAACUGCCGAUCUCUCAACUUCAUCGGGAGCACCCGCAUACUCGCCGAUCUACUGAAGGACCGCGGGUUCGGCAUCGUAGCGCUGCAAGAGGUGUGUUGGACAGGAUCCAUGGUGCGAACGUUUAGAGGUAAUCAUACCAUCUACCAGAGCUGCGGCAACACACGCGAGCUGGGAACAGCUUUCAUCGUGAUGGGUGAUAUGCAGAGGCGCGUGAUCGGUUGGUGGCCGAUCGAUGAAAGAAUGUGCAGGUUGAGGAUCAAGGGCCGAUUCUUCAACUUCAGCAUAAUAAACGUGCACAGCCCACACUCCGGAAGUACUGAUGAUGACAAGGACGCAUUUUACGCGCAGCUCGAACGCGAGUACGACCGCUGCCCAAGCCACGACGUCAAGAUCAUCAUAGGAGAUUUGAACGCUCAGGUAGGCCAGGAGGAGGAAUUCAGACCGACGAUUGGUAAGUUUAGCGCCCACCAGCAAACGAACGAAAACGGCCUACGACUCAUUGAUUUCGCCGCCUCCAAAAAUAUGGCCAUACGUAGCACCUUUUUCCAACACAGCCUCCCUUAUCGUUACACCUGGAGAUCACCACAGCAGACGGAAUCUCAAAUCGACCACGUUCUGAUUGACGGACGGCACUUCUCCGACAUUAUCGACGUCAGGACCUAUCGUGGCGCCAAUAUCGACUCCGACCACUAUCUGGUGAUGGUCAAACUGCGCCCAAAACUCUCCGUCAUCAACAAUGUACGGUACCGGCGACCGCCACGGUACAACCUAGAGCGACUGAAGCAACCGGAUGUCGCCUCAGCAUACGCGCAGAAUCUCGAAGCCGCGUUGCCAGACGAGGGCGAGCUCGAUGAGGCCCCUCUAGAGGACUGCUGGAGUACAGUGAAAGCAGCCAUCAACGACGCAGCCGAGAGCACCAUCGGGUACGUGGAGCGGAAUCGACGAAACGAAUGGUUCGACGAAGAGUGCAGAACGGUUUUGGAGGAGAAGAACGCAGCGAGGGCGGUAAUGCUGCAGCAAGGGACUCGACAGAACGUGGAACGUUACAAACAGAAGCGGAAACAGCAGACCCGCCUCUUUCGGGAGAAAAAGCGCCGCCUGGAAGAAGCGGAGUGUGAAGAAAUGGAACUGCUGUGCCGUUCCCAAGAAACACGGAAGUUCUAUCAGAAGCUCAACGCAUCCCGCAACGGCUUCGUGCCGCGAGCCGAAAUAUGCAGGGAUAAAGACGGAGGCCUCUUGACGGACGGACGUGAGGUGAUCGAAAGGUGGAAGCAGCACUUCGAUCAGCACCUGAACGGCGUGGAGAACGUAGGCACGGGAGCCCACGGCAACGGAAGGAACGACGACGCCAGUGCAGCGGAGGACGGAAAUGAACCAACUCCCACGCUGAGGGAAGUUAAGGAUGCCAUUCACCAGCUCAAAACCAACAAAGCAGCUGGUAAUGAUGGUAUCGCAGCUGAACUCAUCAAGAUGGGCCCAGAAAAGUUGGCCACCUGUCUGCAUCGGCUGAUAGUCAGGAUCUGGGAAACCGAACAGCUACCGGAGGAGUGGAAGGAAGGGGUAAUCUGCCCCAUUCACAAGAAAGGCGACCAUUUGGAAUGUGAGAACUUCAGGGCGAUCACUAUUUUGAAUGCUGCCUACAAAGUGCUAUCCCAGAUCAUCUUCCGUCGUCUGUCACCUAAAACAAAUGAGUUCGUGGGAAGUUAUCAAGCCGGCUUCAUCGACGGCCGGUCGACAACGGACCAGAUCUUUACCGUACGGCAAAUCCUCCAGAAAUGCCGUGAAUACCAGGUCCCAACGCACCACCUGUUCAUCGACUUCAAAGCGGCAUACGAUAGUAUCGACCGCGCAGAGCUAUGGAAAAUCAUGGACGAAAACGGCUUUCCUGGGAAGCUGACUAGACUGAUUAAAGCAAUGAUGGACGGUGUGCAAAACUGCGUAAGGGUUUCGGGUGAACUAUCCAGUUCAUUCGUAUCUCGCCGGGGACUGCGAUAAGGUGACGGACUCUCAUGUCUACUCUUCAACAUCGCGCUGGAAGGUGUGAUGCGACGAGCCGGGCUCAACAGCCGGGGAACGAUUUUCACAAAA